AUGAGUAACACCCAGGCAAACCUUGGGAAGUUAUGGAUCUUUGAUCCAACGAAGAACCGAUGGGCUUCUUAUGAAAGCAUGCUGAGAAGAAUCUUGGCUGCUCGUACUAUUGAAGCUGAUGGUGAAAAGAAAGUUUUUCUUUUCAACCACAUCGGUCCAGCGGCCUAUGAGUCGUUAGAAGUGGCCAUGAACGGUCAAAAUAUGGACUCCAAGUCCUUCGAUGAACUCUGUAGAGUUCUCACGGGUAUCUUUGAACCCAAAGGUCUCGUUGCGUCUACGCGACACAAGAUCUUCACUGCAAAACAACUGGCGGACCAAACGUCCAAACAGUUUAUACAGCAGGUAAAGUCGUGGUCUAUAAAGGCUGACUUUGAGAGUGUUGUGAACACUCGUGAUUUUGUCCAGGUCCAAGCAAUUAUCGCUGGACUGCAAGACAAAAAAGUCAAGGAAAAGCUCCUUGAAACUCCAAACUUGGACAUGACCAAGUUGGAAGAGAUUGUUGAACUCGUAGAAGGUUCACAAUCGGCUGCCAAAGAAAUGGCUGGCUCAAGCGCAUCCGGCACUAUCGCCAGGCUGGAUAAAAAGCGCCAAAAGAAACCCCUUUGGGGUAAAUCAGGAAAGCCAAAAGGGCGUCAAGGAACUUGCUAUACGUGCGGUUCCAGCCAGCACAUGCAGCCUUAUUGUCCAAAAAGAGGACAAAGACAGCCGCCCACAAAUCAAGGGUACCAAAGACGCCAAAACGGCAGAAACAGUGGGAUCAGAGCUGUUCUACCAGAGUCUAGAUAUGAUUCUGAGGUAUCAUCCGAUGAUGAUGAUGAUGCUUGCCUUGCCUUGGAGCAAGAAGUCGAAGUUCGCAGGGUUUCAAUCCCUCCGGUCUGGCUAAAGGUCAAAUUGAAUGACAUUGAAGUAGCCAUGGAACUGGACAGUGGAGCAGUCCGGUCAGUCAUCCCCAAACCAGUAUGGGAAAAGAUAGGUCGACCUAAAAUAUCUUCGUAUACCGGAGAACUUCAUGGAUAUGGUGGUAAACCAUUGAAUGUGCUGGGAACAGCGUAUAUUGACGCGUCCUUUGGAAAGCACUCAGUAUUGACCGAGAUGGUCAUUGUCCGAGACAGACAGGGUCAAGCCCUAUUCGGACGAGAUCUUAUUAGAGAUCUCAAGGUUGAUAUGGGACCUCAUGUCAAUCUCAAUUCGGUAGCCCCUUUGGAGGCCAAUAAAGAAACCGAGAAUACUCUGAAAAAUGAGUUUAGAGAGCUCUUUGAGCCUGGCCAUGGAACCUACAAAGGUCCAGCCGUUGAACUAAAGUUCAAGAAAACACCGCAACCAGUGUUCCUCAAAAGUAGACCUGUGCCAUUCGCACUUGUCGAAAAAGUAUCCAAGGAAUUGGAUAGAUUGGAAGCUGAAGGUUCACUCAAACGAGUGAUGAAUUCAGACUUCGCAUCACCGUUGGUAAUCAUUCCGAAAGCCAACAAUGAAAUUCGACUCUGUGUUGAUUUCAAGAGGACCAUAAAUCCUCAACUCGAUGUCGACGAGUACCCACUCCCGACGCCAGAAUCGAUCUUUCAGCAGCUGAAUGGUGGAAAACUUUUCAGCAAGAUCGAUUUAAAGGCAGCUUUCAAUCAACUCAGGUUGUCAGAGAAAGCGCAAGAAUAUUGUACUAUCAGUACCUUUAAAGGUCUGUACAGGUAUACUCGCUUACCGUUUGGUAUUGCGUCAGCUCCAGCAAGAUUCCAAGCAACGAUCGAACAGAUCCUGCAAGGAAUACAAGGAGUCGCUGUAUAUCUUGAUGAUAUUACAGUAACUGGUCCAGAUGAUCAGUCUCACAUACAAAAUCUCAGAGAAGUCCUCAAGAGACUCCGAGAUUCUGGUCUUCGACUGAAGCCAGAAAAAUGUGAACUCUUUCAAGAGAGUAUUUCCCUAUUAGGGCAUGAGUUAAAUGCUGAAGGGAUCAGAGCUCUGCCAAACAAGGUAGAAGCUAUAACCAAAAUGCCAGCUCCAAAAGAUCUGAAGCAACUCGCUUCUUUUCUAGGCAUGGUUCAAUAUUACAGUCGCUUUGUAAAAGGACUAUCAGCACUCGCUGCUCCUCUAAACGCCCUCAGAAAGAAAACUGCAAAAUGGCAGUGGGGUAGAAAAGAGAAAGAAGCUUUUGAAAAGCUCAAAGAAAGGUUGACUAGUACAGAAUUGCUAGUUCAUUAUGAUCCAAAGAUCCCAGUUCGACUCAGUACAGAUGCCUCAGACUACGGUCUAGGAGCUCAAUUGGAGCAUGUAUAUCCUGAUGGAAGCAUCAAGGUCAUUGGCUAUGCCAGUCGAACGCUCACUCCAGCAGAGAAAAAUUACGCCCAAAUUGAAAAAGAAGGGUUAGGGAUCCUAUUUGGCGUUGAGAAGUUUUCUCAAUAUUUGUAUGGACGAAAGUUCAUACUGCAAACCGAUCAUGAACCAUUGGUUCGAAUCUUCGGUCCGAAAGUAGGUUUACCUACGGUUGCAGCAAGAAGACUGCAAAGAUGGGCCAUAAGGCUUAUGCAGUACACAUUCGAAAUACAGUAUGUGUCAACCGACAAGUUCGGUAAUGCGGACGGGUUAUCUAGACUUCCCGAUCCAGCAGAGAAACCUGAGAAGUUUCGUAGAAUGGAGGAGAGGCAUGUCUUGGCUGUUGAAGCAGAACAGUCUUGGCCGAUCUCGUUAUCCAAAGUCAGAAAACUCACCCAAGGAGAUAAAGUUCUUCAAGAGGUGUUAGCGCACAUCCGAAAAGGAUGGCCAGCAAAAUGUCCAUCUGAUAAGUUGGUUCCUUACUUCCGCAAAAGACAUAGCUUGACUAUUGUCAAAGGUUGUAUUGUAAAAGGUCACAGAAUUGUGAUUCCGCGAGAGUUGAGACAAAGAAUUCUCACCGAGUUACAUGGUGCUCAUGAUGGUGCCACAAGAAUGUACUCGCUCGCUCAGCAGAACUAUUGGUUUCCAAACAUGGAACAAGAAAUAAAGCGCUAUGUCAGUCUUUGUGCUGAUUGUGCCGUUGUCGGAAAGGAUAACGUUAGAGUUCCAAUACAGUUGUGGUCUCGACCAAAUAAUCCUUGGGAAAGGAUUCAUAUCGACCUCUGUGGUCCAUUCCAUGGUAAAAUGUGGUUAAUUGUAGUUGAUAGCUACUCUAAAUGGCCAGAAGCCAUCGAUAUGGGUCGGAAUACCACUUCAAAAGCGGUUAUCUCUAAACUGCGAAAUUUAUUCAGUAUCCAUGGGAUUCCAGAACAAAUAGUAUCAGAUAAUGGUACUCAGUUCACAUCAUCAGAAAUGGCAAAUUUCUGUAGGCUGAAUAAGAUCGAACAAAACUUUUCUGCUCCGGAAAAGCAAAGUUCGAAUGGACAGGCAGAAAGAAUGGUUCAAACCUUCAAAAAUGCCAUCCGAAAAUUUGGAGGAGACGAUAGUAAUAUUUCCUUGAAAGUUACUAAGUGGUUGUUUUCUUAUAGAAUAACACCACAUCCAGCUACUGGAAAGAGUCCAUCUGAGCUACUUAUGGGUAGAAAACUCAGAUCUCGUCUCAAUAUUCUGCCUAGAAAACCUCAAAAGGUUAGUAAAGGAGAACAGAAAGCGGUCAGUAAAUACCGUCUGAAACUCGCUGAAAAUGCGAAUAAAGGAAGACGCGAAAAGAAAUUCGCUCAAGGAGAUCUGGUAUAUGCCAGAAAGUUCAAUGACCCUAGAAUUCGUUGGAUUCCAGGUGUCAUCUCAGAACUCAUCGGUCAAAGGCUUUUAGCCAUUCAAACCGAAUUUGGUGUAUUGAAACGCCAUUACGACCAAGUAAAGCGUCGUGUAGUUGCUCAGGAGAGUGACUCAGAUUCUGAUGAAGAAUCUCAAGAUUUCCCUCAGUUUGGAAAUGGGGGAGGGGAUAUUGGCCGUGAAAGUCAUCAAGGUCAGAUCUCUGACACUCUGAAAACCGCGAUAGAGCGGACAGAUUCGGAAGACAACGAAAUGUCGACUGAAGUCUCAGAUCCCAAUUUCGAGCCUGAAUCCUUUGAGGAUGGAGCCGAAAUCGAUGAAUCCCCAAGUCAAGAUGAAGUCAUGGAGUCAUCCAGAGACACAUCAGUCACGCCAACCUCAGUGGUUCCUAACGCUGGUGUGUUACCUAGAAGAUCUUCCAGAUCACGGAAGUCUCCUAAAAGACUUCGUUACGACCCCAGUUUUAACCAAAUUGGAACGGUCACCGAAGAGUGGAAAGCAAGUGCCCUAUGUUCAAGUCUCGAUGGUUGUACCCGCUCGAUGGAACGCAAUCCCGAUGGUCAACCCAGUCAGUUUGGUCCCGGCAUGCCCUGUUGCCAGUCCGUGUUCCCGCCAAGCUCCGAAGCCAGUUCGGUGGAAGUGCCAAGCCGUGCCCGACUUGAGCACUUGGAGGAGAUGUGA